AGUCAUGGUUCACGGCUUUUAAUAGGGAUCAAAGGCAUCCGACCCAUUGAAUUGCUCUAUUGAAGCGCAUUCAACGUUCUCCAUUGAAGCGAAGUUGCCGUUCUCCGUUGAAUCUAGUUCUUGUAUCCCCCAUUGAAGCAGCUUCUGAGGAUUCAACUAUGAAAUCAGAGCUCUUUUCCCUGGGCCCAGGGCUGCCGCCCCUCCUGCCCUUCCUCAGGGACGGGCCUGGAUAAGGAUUAAUAAGUUUAGAAGUUGAGAUAAGCUUUGAAUUAAAAGCUUUACAAGCUUCUCAUGAUCGGCAAGAUGUCAAUAGCUAAUCCUGUUAAGAAAACAGUUUCUUCUGUGAUCCUUGAUUUGGAUGGCACACUUCUUAAUACAGAUCAAUUAGUAACUGAUGUCCUGAAGAGUUUCUUGGUUAAGUAUGGAAAGCAGUGGGAUGGGAGAGAGGCUCAUAGGAUAGUUGGAAAAACCCCUUCGGAAGCAUCUUCUGCUGUUGUUGAAGCUUAUGAACUACCUUGCACUGCAGAGGAAUUCGUAAAAGCAUUCACCCCAAUGUUCUCUGAUCAUUUGAGCAACAUCAAACCUCUUCCAGGCGCCAACCGGUUAAUUAAUCAUUUGCAUGGCCAUGGAAUACCGAUGGCCUUGGCUUCAAACUCUCCCAGACCUUUCAUAGAGAAGAAACUAUCUUAUAAUCAGGGCUGGAAAGAAUCAUUUUCCGUAGUAAUUGGUGGAGAUGAAGUAAAGUCUGGGAAGCCAUCUCCUGAUUUGUUCCUCGAAGCAGCCAAUAGGCUCAACGUCCAACUUUCCAGUUGCCUUGUAAUUGAAGAUUCUUUGCCUGGUGUUACUGCGGGCAAGGCUGCUGGAAUGGAAGUGAUUGCUGUACCAUCACUGCCUAAACAAUCACAUCUCUACACAAUGGCGGACAAAGUCAUUAAUUCUCUUUUUGAUUUACGUCCUGAGCAAUGGAGCUUACCUCCAUUUGAAGAUUGGAUUGAAGAAACCCUUCCUAUAGAACCUUGGCACAUUGGUGGUCCUGUUAUUAAGGGUUUUGGCCGUGGGUCAAAGGUUCUUGGAAUCCCCACAGCUAAUUUGUCCACAGAGAGCUUUUUAAAUCUUCUCUCUGAAUAUCCAUCUGGUGUAUACUUUGGUUGGGCGGGAGUUUCCAAACGAGGAAUUUACAAGAUGGUAAUGAGCAUUGGCUGGAAUCCGUACUUCAACAAUCCAGAGAAGACAAUAGAACCUUGGCUGCUUCAUGAGUUUGAGGACGACUUUUAUGGAGAAGAAUUACGCCUUGUUGUUGUUGGUUAUAUUCGACCCGAGGCCAAUUUUCCUUCUUUGGAAAGUCUUGUAGCAAAGAUUUACGAGGACCGGAGAAUAGCAGAGAGCGCACUUGAGCUUCCCAUUUACUCAAAAUACAAAGAUGACCCUUAUCUUAAAAGCUUAUUGGAGACCACUCAUAAGUCACAAUUUAUUGCAGACUAAUUGCAUAUGAAGAGACAUUUCACUUGGAAACUCUAUUGCAAUGGACCUCUGGAAACAGAAAUUUAUGCGAAUCCUGUUGUUAUGGAAUAUGUACUCGUUUUUAUCAAAUUACAAUAAUGAUAAUUCACGUUCUUUAGGUUCAAGCUUUGGACUGGUUAUAAGCUGGUUUGGCUUCUCCUUUCAAUUUCCAUAACAUGUUCGAUUCUUGUACAUCUAUAUACAGUGUGGAUCUAGAUUCAAGUCGGCAAAAUACUAUAUACAGUGUGCACCAAUGGUGUGUAAAAUCGUUGAGUUAUUUCCGAGAAGUUUUGGAGCAUUUCAAGAA